AUGGGGUCGACCAGCUCUGUGGAAGAGCACUACAUUGACCACCCUUCCUACCAUGCGCCCCCUGAGUCACGGGUCUCUGUGUCACGGUCGAAGCUGCUGUCAGGGGCUUCGGAUGGACAGCAGCGGGACUUCGCACGCUUCUGGGAGCAGUAUGUCCCCGGCGGCGCUCGCACCUCCGAAGUCUCCCGACCCUUGAUGCGAGAGGUGCUCCUACGGGCCAUCCGCGAGAAGUCCUUGUUGCCCACGCACCGGCAAUGGGCCGAGGAGCUGGUGGCGAACGCCAUGUCAUCUGCGCCCUCAACCUUGGCGGUGGAGAAGGCCUUUGGUAUCUACCAAGCACUGAUGCAGAACCUCCAGUCGGCCGCCCCGAAUGCGGACGCCCAGCCCACCGUCUCGUCCGUCAGCGGCCCAGCGCGUGUGGCCAACGCGCCCAGCGAGUCCAGCUACGCGAAGAUGCCCAAGGGCGCCAGGAUGCUCGACCCCGCGCCGCUACGCGCCGCCGUGGUUCCCACCGCUCCCGGCACGCGCGCGGGCACCGCGGCGCCGAGCGGCGCUGCGCCGCGGCCCGAGGAGCUCUUCGCGCCGAUGAAGGGGACGCGCGCCGCGCAGGAGUCCACCAUUGCGACCCUGCGCGCCCAAGUGCUGCACGCCCAGCAGAGCUACGAGAGGCUCGUCGCCUCGGCCGACGCGUGCCGGAACCUCGUGCGGGGCGGCACACUGGAGGUCCAGGCGGACAUGGACCAGGACAAGAUCCAAGGUCAAGCGUCGUUGAUCCAACAGCAGGAGGUGGAGCUGUCCGCCUUACGCGACGGCCUCGCCCUGCAACAGCAACGCCAUGCGGCGGCCCUGCAGCGCUUCCGAGAGACCCAGGAGAAGCUCGAGGAGGCCCAGAACGAGGCCGCAGAGCUGUCGCGUCAGGCGAAGACCGAGGAGCUUCGGUCCACCAUGCUGAGGGAAGCCUUCGAGCAAGAACAAAACCGUGUGGGGCAUUCGUUGAUCCAGGCGGAGAGCAGCGUGAACGACCUGGCCCUGGCCACGGAAAGCACUCGGCGCUUCGAAUUCGAGGAAUCUGCGGUGCAGCGCGAGUGUGCGCAGGCUCUGAACGAGGUGCAGACGCAGGCGGCGCGCGAGGAGUUAGCUCAUGAGGCGAAAAUGGCUCAACUGGUUCGAGAGUUGGAGUCCGCCAAAUCCGCCCACGCCGCCGCGGCGCGCCCCACGUUGGACGUGCCCCGGGCCGCCGCCCUGCUGACCGAGCUGCGCCGUGGGGCGCGGGAGCACGGGCUGAUCGCGCGGAAGAGGGCUGCAGAUGCCCAAGCGCACAGGAAGGUCCUGGAGGCCGUACGCUUUCGUGCCAAUCAGCUGAACCGAGACCUGGUGAAGAAGGAAGGCUGGGCGCCCACGGCGCUCACCUCGCGGCUGCGCCUGGAGGCCGACGAAGCGGCGCUGGAGGUCGCCGAGCUGCGGCUGCAGACGGAGUUGACAGAUGCUGAAGCUGGCAAUAGCUACGAGGACGACUAUUCCUAUGAAGAGCUUCUUCAGCGAGGUACAGACCAAGCAAGACUUCUUUCGUCAGAGCUGGAGAGCCUUCGUGAGCAGCUGAACAGCCAGCGCGCCAUCAUCGCGAACCAUAGCACCCCUUCCUCGAACCUCUUGGCCGCGGGCUUGCAGCGCCGAGUGGGGCAAUCCUUGGCGGCGCAACGCGAGGCGCAACAACGGAUCCAGGAGGAACUCUUGAAAGGGGAGCUCAUGGAGAAGCACUUGCAGGAGCGCCAGCGCCGUGCACUGGCCGAGCCACGACCGGACCUCGCCGCAGACGUUGCGCGGGUUCCCGCAUCUCCGGGGGAAGCGCUGUCAGUGGGAGCUCCGCCAAGCUCGAUGUGGCCAACUCCUCCGGAGCGAGGUCAUGAGACGUCCUCCGGCUUGGAGUUGCGCGCGCGCUUGGCCGCGCUGCGGGGACAACUGAACCCGGACGCUGCGGCGCCGCCGGUGGACGCUCCCCGCGCCAGCUUGCACGAACAGUUGCAGUCCCUACGCACGCAGCUGGUGAGUCCCGCUUCCACCUGA